UUGAAAAAAAAAAAAACAAAAAAACAAAAAAUUACAAAAAUAUAUCAAACAAAAAUGGUAGUUACUUUUUAAGCAAAAUAUCCACACGCGCUCCUUCACAUAUUCUCAGAAGCCCAAAUAAGCCCACGAUGGCCACGAACAAUCAAGACACCCCCGAGUCUUCCACACUUACUCACCACAACCCACAUACAAAACCAAACCAGUCUCAUCAUUUCCCUGAACAAGGAGGAGAGAGACACACAACAAAUAAUCAGAGAAUCACAAACCCAGAAACUCAAAAACAAUGGGGUUAAGCUCAUUGACAUCUCGAGCAAUGAUUCGUCGGAUCCUCCACACCACAACCACCAGAUCCCACAAUUUCUCUCUCAUCCGCACAAUCGUCUCGACCCCUGAACUCAACAACACUGCUUCCGCCGCCGCUGAACCCACCCCAGAUCCUCCUGCACCACCUCCUCGUCCUCCCGUCAACAACGCUCGUGUUCAUUUCCCUAACCCUGAAGACGCCAUUGAAGUCUUUGUCGAUGGUUACGCCGUCAAAAUCCCUAAGGGGUUUACUGUUCUUCAGGCUUGUGAGGUUGCUGGGGUUGAUAUUCCUAGGUUUUGCUAUCAUAGUCGUCUUUCGAUUGCUGGGAAUUGUCGUAUGUGUUUGGUUGAAGUUGAGAAGUCUCCUAAACCUGUUGCUUCUUGCGCUAUGCCCGCUCUUCCUGGGAUGAAGAUAAAAACGGAUACACCAAUAGCCAAGAAGGCCCGGGAGGGAGUAAUGGAAUUUUUGCUUAUGAAUCAUCCUCUUGAUUGUCCAAUUUGUGAUCAGGGAGGAGAGUGUGACCUCCAAGAUCAGUCUAUGGCUUUUGGUUCUGAUAGGGGUCGCUUUACUGAAACAAAAAGAGCUGUGGUUGAUAAGAACUUGGGCCCACUUGUCAAAACAGUUAUGACUCGGUGUAUCCAGUGUACAAGAUGUGUCAGAUUUGCCAGUGAGGUAGCUGGAACUGAGGAUCUUGGCAUGUUAGGCCGUGGUAGUGGUGAGGAAAUUGGGACUUAUGUUGAAAAGCUUAUGACAAGUGAGUUGUCUGGCAACGUGAUUGAUAUAUGCCCUGUUGGAGCCCUUACUUCAAAACCUUUUGCAUUUAAGGCCCGUAAUUGGGAGUUAAAGCCAACUGAGAGUGUUGAUGUCACUGAUGCUGUUGGGUCGAACAUACGAAUUGAUAGUAGAGGACCAGAAGUGAUGCGUAUCAUUCCACGACUCAAUGAGGACGUCAAUGAAGAAUGGAUUUCAGAUAAAACACGAUUCUGCUAUGAUGGUCUAAAGAGGCAAAGGUUAAAUGACCCUAUGAUCCGUGGGUCGGAUGGACGUUUUAAAGCUGUCAGUUGGCGUGAUGCCCUUGAUGUGAUUGCUGAGGUUAUGCACAAGGUUAAACCAGAAGAAAUUGUGGGUGUUGCUGGUAAAUUGUCUGAUGCAGAGUCCAUGAUGGCACUGAAGGAUUUCAUGAACAAGAUGGGAUCUAAUAAUGUUUGGUGUGAAGGAAAUGGUGGGCAGCCACAAGCCGAUCUUCGUUCUGGAUAUCUUUUGAACACUAGCAUUGCUGAUAUUGAAAAUGCAGAUGUCUUCCUUCUCAUUGGCACCCAGCCAAGAGUUGAAGCUACCAUGGUUAAUGCCAGAAUUCGGAAAGCUGUACGGGCAAACCAUGCCAAGGUUGGUUAUAUUGGACCUGCUGCAGAAUUCAACUAUGACCACGAACAUCUAGGCACAGGUCCACAAACCCUGCAAGAAAUUGCCAAAGGCAGUCACUCAUUUUUCUCAGCCUUAAAAAAUGCUAAGAAGCCAGCUAUUGUUGUUGGCGCUGGGCUCUUUGAGAGAGAGGACAAGGAUGCUAUCCUUUCUAUUGUCGAAACCAUUGCAAAGUCAGCAAAUGUCAUUAGACCAGACUGGAAUGGUCUUAAUGUAUUGCUCUUGAAUGCUGCUCAAGCUGCUGCCCUUGACCUUGGUCUUGUGCCAGAGUCUGACAAAAGUAUCGAGUCUGCAAAGUUUCUGUAUCUGAUGGGUGCAGAUGAUAUCAACUUGGACAAAGUCCAUAGUGAUGCCUUUGUUGUAUAUCAGGGUCACCAUGGUGAUCAGAGUGUAUAUCGUGCCAAUGUCAUUUUACCUGCAUCAGCUUUUUCUGAGAAGGAAGGUACCUAUGCUAAUACAGAAGGACGCACGCAGCAAACUUUACCAGCAGUUCCUACUGUUGGUGAUGCCAGGGAUGACUGGAAGAUAAUUAGGGCUUUGUCUGAGACUGCUGGAGUAAGUCUGCCUUAUGAUUCCCUUAUUGAUAUCCGAGAACGGAUGAGAACUGUGGCACCAAAUUUAUUGAGCAUGGAAGAACGAGAACCAGCUACUUUCUCUACCUUGAUAAAGCCUGAAGUUAAGAAGGAGAUUGAUCCAGCUCCUUUCAAGGCAGCAAUUGAAAAUUUCUAUAUGACUGAUGCAAUUACAAGGGCAUCAAAGAUUAUGGCUCAGUGCUCUUCACAGCUGUUGAAGAAGUAAAUUUAUUUCCAAUCUUUUGCAAUAAUAUUGGUCAGGGCUAGUUUUCUUGUAAGCCCAGGGCAUUUCAGCAUUACAUAUCUCAAGAUUCUAUUAUAGCUGGACUGACGUGAUGAAAAAUUGUCUCAAUUGAAAACAUUUUGGUACCUAGUUUGUAAUUUCUGUAAUUUACCCUAGUAUGCGGGCUGUUGUCAGCUACUAACAAUUUACUUAUCUGUUGUAUUUCUUCAAUGAUAUUUUUAAAAUUUGUGCUGACGCCGAAAAAUAAAGUACAUUUCUCUGUUUGUGCUGAAUUAA